AUGUGCUUAUGGUUCGGCAUCCUGUGCAGCAACACCACCAGCCACAUCAUUGGACUUCGUCUUCCUGGAGCCGGCAUCAAGGGUCGGCUUGACACCUUAAACUUCACUGCAUUUCCGCAACUCACCGAGCUCAACCUCAGUAGCAAUGGCCUCCAUGGAGACAUCCCUGCUAGCAUCUCUUCGCUGCAGGCGCUGGUCUAUCUUGACCUCGGCUUCAACAGCUUCAAAAAGUUCGUACCACCAGAGCUUGGGAGCCUCUCAAACCUCAUCGACCUCCGGCUCAACAACAACAACCUCACAGGUGCCCUACCCUACAAACUCAGCAAGCUCCCCAAGAUCGUUCGCCUUGAGAUUUCUGACAACAACUUUGACAAACCAGAGUUCUCCCCAAUGCCCACCCUGCAGUUCUUUUCCAUGUACAACAUAGGCGUUAAUGGCAGCUUUCCAGAGUUCAUCUUGGAGUGCCCCAACCUGACAUUCCUUGACCUGUCGUGGAACAAAUUAUCUGGGCCGAUACUGGAGUUGAUUCCAAAGACAGCUCCAAAUCUAACAUACCUCAAAGUGAGAUCAAACAGGUUCUCUGGGCCAAUACCACCAACACUCGCAACACUACGGCAGCUGCGAUACCUGGAACUCUCAAAUAACAAUUUCACCGGUAUUAUCCCCUGGGAGCUUGGUACACUUGCAGCAUUGCUAGUACUUGACCUCCAAAACAACCCACUCAGUGGACCAAUCCCUGUUGAGAUCUGCAAUCUUUCAAACUUGUACUGGCUCAAUGCUGCAGGAAUCAACCUCAGUGGAACAAUACCACCAUGUAUCAGCGGUAUGGCGGGCAUUGGCACGCCUCGAACUCUGGAACAAUCAACUGGAGGAUUGACUGGCCCUGUACCAAAGGAUCUUGGCCAGGGGCAGCCACUUGUUAUUGUAGACUUGUCCAACAAUGACUUCUCUGGAGAAUUACCUCCCACACUAUGCAACAACUUUCGGUUAGAACAACUAGUGGUGAACAAUAACAGUUUGUCAGGCUUGCUUCCAGCAUGCCCAAAUUUGACUUAUGCUUGGGUAGGUCAAAACAAUUUCUCGGGUGACAUCUCACAUGUGAUUGGAAAAUACCCCAUCCUGCGUGGACUUGACGCAUCAAGAAAUCAAUUUACAGGAAUGAUUCCACCAGAGUUCUGUCAAUUACUUUUUCUGGAGUUCUUGGACCUUUCAAACAACCAGCUGUAUGGGGAGCUCCCCAGUUGCUUGAUGAAACUUCAACUAUUGGACUUUGUAGAUUUGUCGAGAAAUGCCUUCUCUGGCAAAUUCCCAACCCUAACAAGCCCUAACUGUUCACUGACAUCACUGCACUUGGCAAACAACAACUUCACUGGAGGCUUUCCUUCUUCCUUAAGUUACUGCAGUAAUUUAACAAUUUUAGAUCUCGGCAACAACAAAUUCAAUGGGGAAGUUCCUUCAUGGGUAUCACAAAAAAUGCCUUCCCUUAAGGUUCUCCAGCUCCGCUCAAAUAUGUUACAGGGAUGCAUACCCUGGCAAUUAUCACAUCACUCUCAACUGCAGCUACUUGAUUUAGCCAACAACCAGUUGAAUGGCUCUAUACCAAGGCAUUUUGCUAACUUCGCAUCGAUGAUACAGCAGAACAACGGGUCCUACUUGGGAUCAACACACAUUUUGCUUACAUACUCAAAUCGAUCUCUGACCCCAUAUUCUGACAGAAUUAAUCUAUUUUGGAAGGGGAAAUAUUAUACAUUCGAGAAGGCAAUUGCUCAAAUGACGGGUAUUGAUUUAUCGAGCAAUCUUUUGUCGGGCGAGAUACCUACGGAGUUGACAAACCUAAAGGGCCUCCAGUUGCUAAAUCUGUCGAGAAACAAUCUAUCUGCUGGCAUCCCAAAUGAUAUUGGCAAUCUGAAGGCCCUAGAGUCCCUGGACUUAUCCUGCAAUGAACUUUCAGGCCAUAUACCAGAUAGCCUCUCCAGCUUGACAUUUCUCAGCUCUCUCAAUCUCUCCAACAAUCAGCUGUCAGGUCCGAUACCCACAGGUGGCCAGCUCAACACAUUAAACGAUCCAUCAAUUUACAGCAAUAACGCUGGGCUUUGCGGACUCCCUUUGAAUAUAACGUGCUUAAAUAGAAGUUCUGGAUCAGCAGCGGAUAUGGAUGAAGAUCGAGGAAUUUACUACUCCACACUUGUGGGGUUUGCUCUAGGAUUCUGGUUGUGGUUUGGAGCACUAAUUUUCUCUGAUUCCUGGGGGAUUGCUGUUCUAAGCUUCAUUGAUCAUGUGCUGAACAAGAUUAUGCAAAGGAUACAGAACUGUUAUUAG